AUGGAAAACUUCUCUGAUUUUGAACAACAACAACAAGGGGUUGAAGAAGAUGCACUCUCCCUUUGUGAUCUAUUACUCGAUGAUGAUGGUGAUCAAUCAGUAGAAACCCCAAAAGCCUCUACUUCUUCUGACCCAGCAGACUUCUUUGAAUUCUGCGUCGACCCAAUCUGUGGGUAUCUCCCCAUGGACGUCGUUUUCUGCGGAAAGUCCAUACUUUGCUCAAAACCCAUCACCCUUCCAACCCCAGAGCCUCAAAUCAAGAACCCUUUUUUCUCCAGAUCCGAAUCUCUCAGAUUCUCACAGGCCUCUGCCCCUCCAGCUCGUUCGGAUCCGGUACCGGCAACCGGGAAAUGCCGGUCGCCGUCGAGCAAUUCGCGGAAGCACAAGGUGCUGAUAGGGUUGGUGAAGUACCAGCCGGAGAUGGACUUGAGUGAGAUAAGGAAGCGGCAGAGUCGGCGCGCUCCGGCGCCCAUGUUCCCGGUGAUAAACGGUGGGGAGCAAUCGGCUGUAGCCGGUGGAAAGAGUGGGUCCGGGAAAGGGCACUGGGGUCUGAUGAGGCAGCUGAGGUGUCCGUCCCACCUGUUGAGCGCGUUGGCCAAGGCGACUCUUGGGUGUGUGCCACGUGUCACUGUGUGA